UUCGAUAUUCAACAUCCGUUGUGAGUCUGGGUGAUAUAAGACAUCGAAAAAAUGUAUUUAAAGAGCCUGACUCACCAUCAAUACAUGACCUACCAGAUGAUGAUCUGCUAAUGUACGGCACAAAAGAGAAUGGUGUAAAAAGCAUUUCCAAAUUCCUUACAGGAAUAUCUACUAGCGAUGUGUGUAACUUCCUCGGGCUCAUUGUCGUUUCUAUCAUUGUAAGAUUGUAUCGUCUGGACCAUCCAAGUUCGGCUGUAUUUGAUGAGAUGCAUUUUAUGACUCUCGCUUCGAAAUAUAUCAGGAGAACCUUCUUUAUUGAUGUACACCCACCAUUGGCAAAGUUGCUAAUCGCUCUUUCGGGUUUCUUGAGUGGAUACGAUGGAAUCCUUGAUUUAGAAAAUGAAAAUGAAUUUUCUGGAUCUAAUUAUCCAUAUGUGACAAUGCGCCUGAUAUCAGGAAUUUUGGGAGUUUUUAUAAUACCGAUCUCUUAUUUGACAAUUAAAUUAUCUGGAUUUUCGACAACUGCUGCAUUUCUGGUUUCUGCUUUAUUGAUAUUUGAGAACGGCUUAGUAACUCAAAGCAGACUUAUUUUAUUGGAUUCACCGUUGAUAGCUUCCACAGCAUUUACAAUGUUGAUGUGGGUAAAAUUUCAUAAUGAACAAAAAAG